UCAACAAAGAACAUGACAAAAUCUACUAAUUCAGCAUUUCCGUCACUUGAUGAGUUACAACCUACACAACCCAUUGUAUCUCAUGAAAAGCAGCCUGAACAUCCAUUGGUGAAAGCACACAAGGAAGCUGAUAAAAUGUUUAAAUCGUCACUUGAUAAAUUACAACCUACAAAAGCCAUUGUAUCUUAUGAAAAGCAGCCUGAACAUCCAUUGGAGCAAGCACAUAAUGAAAUUGAAAGAAUGUUAAAAUCUGAAGUUGACUUACAUGACAAAGAAGAGUAUGCCACCUUAUUGUUGUGGGAUUUUGCUGGAGACAAAGAAUUUUACCACACACAUCAAACAUUUCUGUCGGCAGAUGCAAUUUAUCUUGUAGUUACAAAACUGAACGAAGCUGACAACAAAGAGGCACAAGGGAUGUUUCGAUUAUGGAUGGACUCGAUCCACUGCUACUGUAAAUUAGAAAAUCAGAACACCAAAAGUGGUAGUAAUACUGAUGUAGUUAAAGAUCUAACAGAUCAACGCCUUGAUCCACCAGUUAUUCUAGUUGGUACAUACAAAGAUCAGAUUGAGAUUACUGAGGGAGAAGAGGUACUUAUUUUAUAUUAA